AUGGACGAUCAGAUAAUCAUAUCGCCAUAUCGUUUAGCGGUGUCGGCCUUCUUUAUCUCGACGGCAUAUUUGGUAUGCUCGAUUCUUUGCGUGUUCCUCACCGCUUUCAAGGUCUACCACUAUUUUAUGAUUCGCAAAUUUUCGUUUUCGGAAAUCAAGACAACCGUCUCAUUCGUCGGCGUAUCACUUGAUGAUAUUCCGAAACGUCGCAUCUAUGCAGCGACCGAUUCGAAGAUCGAAGUUCUUGGCGGCAAAGGCAACACCGAAACGAAUGUGGAAGUUGGAAGUGGGACUGGCACCAGCGCUGAACGAUUCUAA